AUGGCUUCCGGCAGGGUCCGUGGGCGGACGCUGCCCUGGGGACGGGCCCUCUGCGGCGCCGCGCUGCUCCUGCUGCUGCUCCCAGCGGCCGCCGCGCAGGGUUGUUCUGAGAACACUCAUAGGACCUGUGAAGGGUGCCUGAAGAACGUCUCUUGUCUUUGGUGCAACACUGACAAGGCCUGCUUGGACUACCCAGUGACCAAAGUCCUGCCGCCCAGCUCUCUCUGCGGGCUGAGCUCUGCCCGCUGGGGCGUGUGCUGGGUGAACUUAGAGGCCUUGAUCAUCGCCAUGUCCGUGAUCGGGGGCUCCCUGCUGCUGGGCGUGGCCAUCUGCUGCUGCUGCUGCCGCCGCCGCCGCCAGAGGACAUGGAGCCGGCGGCCGGACAAGAGCGAGGAGAGGGCCAUCCGGGAGCGCGAGGAGUGCAGGGUCCGGCAGGAGGAGUGUAGAGCAGAGAUGAAGUCAAGGCAUGAUGAGAUCAGAAAGAAAUACGGUUUGUUUAAAGAAGAAAACCCAUAUGCUAGAUUCGAAAACAACUAAGACGCACGUCGGGGCACGACGAGCAGUCUCCCGCCUUUCCUCGGGGCUGCUGGUCCGCAGGGGCCCUGCCACCUCGUCCGCCUCCGACCCUGGGUGAUGGAAGCUGCCCUCCGGGCCCAGGCCUGGGAGCUUCUGUCCCCUCUUCUCUGUUUCUGUAUUUAGUCACCUGAGACAUUAAGACCGUCAGGGCUUUUCUGUUCUGUUGCUCAUCUGGGGAGGAAACUGCACUACGUCCCAGGCCUCAGCUCCGGCUGUGACCCAGUGCAGACCCUCCCUGCGCCCGGGCCGCGCAGCCCCACGUGCAGGGAGCAGGGCGCCUGCAGCCCGUCCCGGGACCACCCCCCGCCCCUCUUGUUUCCCCGGAACACCACAGGUGACUUGCCGUUGACCGUGGGGUCUGGUUCGUAGCCUGACGAAGGUUCAGUUCCUGACCUCUACACCAAAUAGCAUUGAGCAGUAGUUACACUCACCUUGCAUCUUUUGGAUUUUUUGUUUCUUUGUUUUAAUAAUUCUUGGAUUUUAUUCUCCCACCUAAAAGAUUCCACCAAAAAGCUUUACUGUCAAAGCUUAGGCCUCUUGUGGGUGAUUUCUUAGUUUGUGUCUUUGCUGGAACAUCAAGAUAUUUUUCCGGUGAAAAUGUGAUUAUAAAACCUCUGAAAGGACAGUGGUUGGUCAGGUGCUGAUAGGUCGUGGGCGGGGGCGGCUUCCAGAGGCUCCGCUUGCCUUCUUUUCAGCCCCAUUGACCGCAGGCCUCAGGCUCUAGGGGCAGAGCCUCUCCUGAGUCAGACCCUCCCUGCUGUCUGCAGUGGUCCCUUAAGGCACGCAGGUGACCACAGGUCCGCCCUCGGGAAG